AUGGUGGUCUUUGUUGACUUGGAAGACGACGUCCCUGACGAUCCCCACGCCGAUCCCAAUGAACCCCGCGGGUUCUCAUCUCUCCGCAAGCACCAUCUCGGAGACAGGUCGACGGCGGAGGUGACGGCCAACGGCCACGAUGAACACGUCGAGGAAAGGCCCAAUCCCAACAUCAACAGCUUCUCGGCAGCCUUGGGCGCCUAUCCCAUCGUCACCCAACUAGCCCACAACGUGGACCUGAACACUCUCGACGCCCUGUCACGUACAUGCCGCCAGAUCCGCGCUAACCUGUUGCAAUACCGCACUCGCCUCGUGCAGCAGACGCUCCGCUGCGAAAACGAGUUCCGCGAUGCCAGGUCCUCCGAAAGCGAGAAGCCGGGGCAGAAAUGGCAUAUACUAGGCGAGGCGGGACAUCUGGUCUCUGGCAAAGUGUCAGCUUGUGCGAGGGAUCUGGUCAGCGAUUGUCGGCGGUGCGGGAGGAUCGUUUGUCGCGUACGUCCCAUCCACUUCCGCCUACCAUUCACUCCACCAGGUUACCAUUGCGUGCCGCCCUCCUAUGCUAAACGACCAACCCCGCACAGAACUGCACAUCCAAACCCCCACCCCCCUCGUCCCUCCCCUCCCGCCACCGCCGUCUCUGCCCCUCCUGCCUCUCCGCCCCCCUCUCCCUCCUCACCUCCUCCCCUUGCGCCUGCACGACCAGCAUCCACCUCUGCGCCCCCUGCGGCGCCAGCCUCGCAACCGCGGACACGACGUACCGCCGCGUGUGGACGUGGCGCACGCGGUUCGCGACCAGUUACGGGGGCUUGGGGACCGGGAUCGGGGAGGGGAACGAGGGCGUCAAGUGCGCGCGGGGGAGGGGGUGUCAGGGGGCGGUGGAUGUGGAGGUGGAGUUUGAGUGCGGCAGCGGUGGGAGCAGGAACGGGAGUGAUGGUGGUUUGA